CAACUUGCAACUGUCGGAGAUGGUCAGCUGCCGAACGAUGCUGCUGCUCAACUUGCCGCAACCUCAGGCGUUGAUCAAAACGGACAGCGUGUUGUGCCACCGUGGGUGCGUGACAUGUUUCUCAAAUUGCGACAAGCUUUGUUAGACUCUCAGACCGACAUUGCAGAUCUGGAGAUGCAUCGCGAUGGUGUCAAUUCUCUACUUCAGCACAGUGAGAAACAUGCAAAGGAUUUACGCGUUCAACUCCACAAAUACAGACAGAUGCACGACACAGCGCAGAGUUCAAACGGUUUUCGAAUCACUGGAGGCCCGAGCGGCAACAUGUUAGGAACCGGUGGUAUAGGACAGCUCGGAGGUGGUGCUCAGGGAGGUCAAUUUUCCGCAACGCAACAGCCUUCUUCCGGGAUACAAUCACACACAGCAACGGUAACCAGAGGCUUAG